GUGUGUUGUUGUAAGAAAGAAAAAAUUGAUUAAUUCAAGGUAGUCUAUUCGGAUUUACAAAUUUUACAAAUAAAAAGUGAAUUUCAUGAUAAAUUUAUUAAAAUUACUAAAAGUGUUUUACUAAAAUUACAAUAAAGUAGAUUUAAAAUGACAAGCGAAAGAACCAUUCAUGAACUUUUGAAAGAUACCCCAAGUUCAGCUAGUGCCAUUCAAAGUGGAUUAGCUUUGAAAUCAAACAACUCAGCUCCAACAAGUCCAGAUUUGGAAAAGUAUGCGAAUGAAUUAACAUAUGUAAAGAAUUACUCAACUACAUCAAAAAUUGAUUCACUUAAAAAUUGGAGCAUAUCUACAUAUAAAUGCACACGACAAUUGAUGUUAGAAAAACUUGGAAAAUCUCAGCGAACAAUAGAUUCUGAUUUAGAGGGACAAAUUGAACAAUUACGAGAAACCCAAAGAAAAUAUUUGUCUGUAUUACGAUUAACUAGAGCAUUUACAUCGCACUUUCAAAAUAUUGUGCUGACUCAACAUGUUUUAGCAGAAUGUUUUUCUGAUCUAGCACAAAAAAGUCCUGAAUUACAACAAGAAUUUACGUGUAAUUCAGAUACUCAAAAAAAUUUAAUAAAAAAUGGUGAACUAUUAUUAAAUGCAUUGAAUUGCUUCACUUCUUCAAUAAACACUCUGUGCAAUAAAACGAUUGAUGACACAUUAAUAACUGUUCGUCAAUAUGAAAAUGCUAGAAUCGAAUAUGAUGCAUACCGCUUGGACGUGGAAAGUAAUAAAGACGGUCAGGACAUUCAUCAAAAUUAUAUUAAACAUAAAGAACAGUAUGAAAAAUUACGCAACGAUGUUACUGUUAAAAUGAAGUUUUUAAAAGAAAAUAGGGUGAAAGUAAUGCAUAAGCAACUGAUUUUAUUGCACAACGCUAUUGCAGCAUAUUUUUCUGGUAAUGCAAUAGCGCUAGAAUCAACAGUAAAACAGUUUAAUAUCAAGUUAAAAACAACGUUAUCUGGAGGGUCUUGGUUAGAAAAUUAGUUAUAGGAUCAUCUGAAAAAUUUACCAUAUAUCGAAACUAAAACAAAUUCAACCGAUUCAUAGUUUUCAUUUAAACAAAAUUCUUUUUAUCAACCUCAAAUUAGUCCAUUAAAAAAUGAAAUUGAAUAAUAACCAAGAAUAUUUUAGAUAUUAAAGUUUAUUUAACUAAUUGUAUCACGUAUUACAUUGACGAAAUAAAAGUUGAAUUAUCUCGCAAAUGUUUUAUAAUCUAAG